AUGCGGCGGCGGCGCCGGAGCACCUGCGCUCCCGCGCGUGCUGCACUCGCGCGGCUCCGAGUGGCAAACGGGGUGAAGCGGGGACGUGGGCGAGAGGAAGUCGAGGCGCCGGAGCGUCGGAAACGCUGCCGGAGCGUCCCUCGCUCUUUGCAGUCUGUCGGGGGCGGGGGUUGCCGGCGGCAGGCGCAGCGCGGCGAACUUCCAAGGGUCCCCGCGCAGCUGGAGGUCGCGGGUGCGGAGCCCGGGAGGGAGAGACCCCUCGACGCCCAGGACCCCAGGACCGCGCGGCGCGCCCGGAGCGCACGGAGCCGCGGACACGCCGAUGGGCCAGGGGGCCGCCCGGCCGGGGCGCGGAGAGCGCGCGGCCCCGGAGCGCCCUCCGCUCUAAGGAGCCUCACUCCUGGGAAGGGACAGGGAGCUGUCAAUCAGCGCGGGAGGGAGCGCCCCGGCGCCGGGUGA